GUGAUGCUGCUGCUGCGUGAGUGUUUCGCAGUGCUGGAGGAUGAGGUGUGAUGGGUCUGCUGCUGAAGUCAUGUUUCCCGGUGUCCUGUACGCGUUGCUCGCGGGCUUUCUCGGCGCCGUCGCGUCCUCGUCCGCCAAACUGUCUCUCGGAACCGACUAUCUGAAGGGUGUGUGUGAGACGGGCCUGCGAACCUGGGGCGAGCAGAGGAAAUUCACGCAGCACAACGACACGAGCGCGUGCGACUGGCUGCACAUUCCUCUCCGACUGCUGUGUGGAGGUCUGCUGUUCACCUGUAAUGCUGUGAUGUGGACCUUCCUGGCCAAAGCCCUGAGGAGCUCGUGCUCGUCCGCGCGCACCACUGUGACCACCACCGCCUCCAACUUCAUCUCUUCUGCGUUUCUGGGGCAGCUGAUAUUCGGCGAGACACACGUGGCUCUGUGGUGGACGGGCAUCUCUCUCACUCUCUCUGGUCUUCUGGUGCUUCACCACACGUCGCCCAACCUCACGCACGCCGGCAAGAGAGAAUGACCCACUGACCAAUGGCGGAUCAUCAUCAUCAUCAUCAUCAUCAGCACUCGCUAUGGGUCCAAACGCUCCAACACGCACAAACAGGCUGAUUUUCUUUUGCUUCUUCUAUAUCUCACAUGGAAGAUCUACAGUCAUGCCAAAGAUCUGUUUAAAUAUCUUUAUAUGCAUCAUCAUUUAGUAUUAAAAGUCCAUAAGAAAGUAUUAAAAACACUGGUGCAUGAGCCUAUAUCACUGUUAAUGUGAUGAUGAAUCUCAGAUGUGUAACACGUCUGGAUCAUAUUUCACCUAUAAUACAUAUUUUGGAUAAACAAGAUGGAUGCUGAUUUUAGGACCAUUAAAUAAUAAUAAUAAUAGGUAAAAAACUGAAAAUUCUACAGGAAAAUUUGACAACAUAACUGUAAUUCAAUUUAAUAUUAUUCUUAGUUUCAAAUUCCUGCAAGUCCUGCCCUCAGUGACAUCACUUCCUUCAGCUUUGAUUCCCGCCAUCAUCAUCCUCCAGCACUGUGAGCGCCGCGUGUGGCGAUAAUAACAGCAAACCUCGGCAUUGUACAUCCUUCACCGGAUGAGGAUUCUCCGAAAUAUAUGCCACAUAUCUUAUGCAUGCAAACAUCCAGUGAUGUGAGAGCAAAGACACUUCCUGUAGCGGUGUGAAUGAUGAACACACACCCAAACCUGUUCUUCAGCCCCUUCUUCACACACACACAAACUACCCACAGUACACAUUGCUGUAUUUUUGUAUUGCGAAAAAUUGUGACAUGAUAUAUUGUUGCACCCAUAGUAAUCACAUAUUACAUUUCCAAGUGAAGACUUCUCUCAGAAUAAUGUGCACGAUGAGAUCGGCAGUGUGUAUUUAAAGGAAUAGUUCACUUUUAAAAAAAACUUUUGCUGAUAAUUUACUCACCCCCAUGUCAUCCAAGAUGU